CACCGCGGCUGCGGCUCUGAUGUAUAUGUCCUAGAGACCCCAGGCCGUCUCUGCCUUCACGCCUUCCCGGCUCCCGUCACCCCUUCUGACCUGCCCAUCUCGUCUGGGAAUCAGAGGGGUGGGGGGUGCAGAGUCGUGGCCUGGAACCGGGAAACUGGAGCUUAUCCUGGCUUGCCGCUCAUUAACAGCGCUACGUUGGACGAGUGUUUGAGCUUAGGGUCUGAUAGGAAUGUUGUUGAAGGUCUUUUCCACCUUUGACAUCUCAUUACAGGAAUCUGUCAUCAUCGGGGGCAGUUACGUGCCUUUCGAAGGUGGUAACUGCCUUCUUUUCAAAGAGCGUCUUGGGUCUUGACUGCAACAAGUCUGUACCUUUUAAGCAGACAUGCCAACGACAUUUACUAACAUGGGUGUUUUUUCUGCUUCUCUACCGUUUUGAAGCUACAGGACUAAAAACCUCUCUGUGAACAAUUUUUGUUUUCUAGUGUGUUGGAGAAUUUACACAUAAGCUACGUUUGCCUCCGAACUAUAAAAAAAAAAAAGUCCAAUACAGGUUCCAAUUUAUAGGUUUGUUAACCUUAAACCACUUUUUUACUAGCUAACUUAAAAUUGGUGAAUUCACUAGUUUGCCUAGACAUUGAAUCCUGAAUAUUGAAAAUUAAGUGUUGCCAAAAAAUUUGUUAGUAACAUGUUCAAGUAAGGAAAGCAGUUAAACAGUUUUGCAAUAAGGCUUAAAUUCUUCAUCCAAAGCAAGUGAUAAAUCUGAAUUCAUUUUUUGAUGAUUUUUUUGCAAUUUAGGAAAUAAAAAACUAAUUAAAUUCGAGAUGAGAAAAAAUUUAAUUGUUAGUAUAAAAACUGCCCAAGAUGAAUGUCUGAUUUUUCUUAAUGACAAAAGUUGAAUUGUUUUUUAACAUACUACAAAUUAUAUGCUAUGGAUGGGAGCUAUCAAAGUUUAUAAUGUCAAAAACUUUUCUUAGAGCAAAGCUAUCUUCCACAAAGGUAGUAGACUGGGUAGACCCAUCAUUUGAUGAGUUUCCAGAAAAUAGAAGCAUCUCUACUACUCUUACUGCCUCAUCAUUAUGUGUGAAUAACUCAAGUCACAGAAGAAAAAAUGUGCCUUCCACAUUAGAAAAUAGCAGAUUUCCAGCUAGAAAAAGAGGAAAGCUAUCUUCCUUAGAACAGAUUUGUGGUCUAGAAAAUUCAAAGAAAUAUCUCCCUGAAAAUGAACCAUGGGUGGAUAAAUACAAGCCAGAAACUCAGCAUGAACUUGCUGUGCAUAAAAAGAAAAUAGAAGAAGUUGAAACCUGGUUAAAAGCCCAAGUCUUAGAAAGGCAGCCAAAACAGGGUGGAUCUAUUUUAUUAAUAACAGGUCCUCCUGGGUGUGGAAAGACAACAACUCUAAAAAUACUAUCAAAGGAGCAUGGUAUUCAAGUACAAGAGUGGAUUAAUCCAGUUUCACCAGACUUCCCAAAAGAUGAUUUCAAGGAGAUAUUUAAUACUGAAUCAAGCCUCCAGUUAUUUCCUUAUCAGUCUCAGAUGGCAGUUUUUAAAGAAUUUCUAUUAAGAGCAACUAAGUAUAACAAACUACAAAUGGUUGGAGAUGAUUUGAGAACUAAUAAGAAGAUAAUUCUCGUUGAAGAUUUCCCUAACCAGUUUUAUCGAGAUGCUCAGAUUUUACAUGAAAUUCUAAGGAAAUAUGUCCAGAUUGGUCGGUGUCCUCUUAUAUUUAUAAUUUCUGACAGUCUCAGUGGAGAUACCAAUCAAAGAUUACUAUUUCCCAAAGAAAUUCAAGAAGAGUGUUCUAUAUCAAAUAUCAAUUUCAAUCCUGUGGCACCAACCAUUAUGAUGAAAUUUCUUAACCGAAUAAUGACAACAGAAGCUAAUAAGUUUGGAGGAAAAAUUAUUGUUCCUGAUAAAGCUUUCCUAGAGUUGCUGUGUCAAGGAUGUUCUGGUGAUAUCAGAAGUGCAAUAAACAGCCUCCAGUUUUCUUUUACGAAAGGAGAGAACAAUUUAUGGCCAAGGAAAAAAGGAGUGCCUUCGUUAAAAUCAGAUGUCGUGCUGUCAAAAUCAAAACAAAGAAAAAAACCCGAAAGGGUUUUUGAAAAUCAAGAAAUCCAAGCUAUUGGUGGCAAAGAUGUUUCUCUCUUUCUCUUCAGAGCUUUGGGGAAGAUACUAUAUUGUAAAAGAGCAUCUUUAACAGAGUUAGGCUCACCUCGGUUGCCUUCUCAUUUAUCAGAGCAUGAACGGGAUACAUUACUUAUUCAACCUGAGGAAGUAGUAGAAAUGUCGCACAUGCCAGGAGAGUUAUUUAAUUUAUAUCUUCACCAAAACUACGUAGAUUUCUUUGUGGAAAUGGAUGAUCUUGUGAGAGCCAGUGAAUUUCUAAGUUUUGCAGAUAUCCUCAGUGGUGACUGGAAUACACGUUCUUUACUCAGGGAGUAUAGUACAUCUGUAUCUACGAGAGGUGUGAUACAUUCCAACAAAGCCCGAGGAUUUGCUCACUGCCAAGGAGGAGGAUCAAGUUUUCGACCCUUGCACAAACCCCAGUGGUUUCUAAUAAAUAAAAAGUAUCGAGAGAAUUGCCUGGCAGCAAAAGCACUUUUUUCUGACUUCUGCUUACCGUCUUUAUGCCUCCAAACUCAGCUGUUGCCAUACCUUGCUCUGCUGACUAUUCCAAUGAGAAAUCAAGCACAGAUUUCUUUUAUCCAAGAUAUUGGAAGGAUUCCUCUGAAGCAGCACUUUGGAAGAUUGAAAAUGGAAGCCCUGACUGACAGAGAGCAUGGAAUGAUAGAUCUUGACGGCGGAGAUGAAGUCCAGCUUAAUGGAGGGCAGCCUGCAGAGGAAGCGCAGGGCGCAUCCCCUCAGACCACAGAACCUGAAGCCUGGUCUCUCCCUUUGAGUCAGAACAGCGGGAGUGAACUCCCUGCCAGCCAGCCCCAGCCCUUUUCAGCCCUAGGAGACAUGGAAGAAGAAGACAUGGUCAUAGAAGACUAUGAGAGUGAUGAGACAUAGAAACCAGCCUGCCAGUCAGAUUGCUGCUUGACAGAUUUGUUUCAGUUGUAUUCAUUGAACUGUCAACAGAGUUAAUACACGUUUCAGGUGAAUUAUACACACACUGUUAAUUCUUCCCUCUUGUAGUAUUUCAUCACAAGGAACUAACCCCUCUGUCAUCUUGAAGUAAAUAGAAGAUCAAGCCUUCAUGUAAUCUCUUAAUUUUUCUCUAGUAUUUAUUUAGUCUUGUGUACAGAGAAGAGGUCAGUGCAUAUGGAGUGUGUUUGAAUGUUACGCCAAAUCAGAAAAUGUGAAAGAAUAAUUCAGAAUGUGAAGACUUUAUAGGAGGUUGUAAAUAUGAAUUAUAAAACAGUUCGGGCUGCAAUUAUGAGUGUAAAUAAACUUUGUGCCUUAUUUACAGUUACUCUAUGGUCUCUAGGUUCUAAGAUAUCAUUUUUUACAUUGUACGGUGGAAUAUUUCAGAUACAUUUUGGAAAAUAUUUACAUAAUUUAUAUCAAAAUUAAAAUGCUGAAUUUCAUUUUGUUUC